AUGGAGGCGAACAACUCCUACUGCGGCGUGGGCAUCGCCUACAACGCCCGAGUUGGAGGUAUCCGCCUGCUGGAUGGCAUCGUGACCGACGCCAUGGAGGCCUCGGCCCUCAGCUUCAACAGUGGCUUCAUCGAUAUCUACAUCUGCAGCUGGGGGCCACAGGACGACGGCGCCGAGAUGGGGGGGCCCCUACAGCUGGCACAGAAGGCAUUACAUCUCGGGACCCAGAAGGGUCGAGGUGGUAAGGGGAACAUAUUCGUUUGGGCAUCUGGUAAUGGUGGUGCGAAGGGUGACCACUGCGGAGCCGAUGGCUACAUCAACAGUAUCUACACCAUCGCCAUCGGAGGUGUCACUCACGAGGGAAAGCCUGCCUUCUUCAGUGAGCCCUGCCCAGCGACCAUGGCCGUCACCCUGACCAGUGGCUACCCAGUCUUACCCCUGGUGACGGUGUCUAACCUAGGUGAUGGCUGCAUUACAGAGUUUGCUGGGACAUCUAGCGCAGCACCCACCGCUGCUGGAAUCAUCGCUCUCGUUCUUGAAGCUAAUCCUGACCUGACAUGGAGAGACAUCCAGCACCUGAUUUCCAGGACUGCCAAGGUUCCUCACCCUAAGGAACCGGGCUGGAUCCUUAACGGAGCAGGGUUCCACGUUCAUGAUAGGUAUGGUUUUGGACUCUUGGAUGCCGGUCUGAUGGUACAGCAGGCUCUUCAAUUCCAGUCUGUCUCUCCGCAGAGGCAGUGCUCCUAUGAUAUGACCCUUGACCCUGUCAGACUUCUGCUUUCAGGGGGAGAGGUGAGCGUUAUUAUCCAAUCGGAGGCCUGCAGCGGGGAAGCCAAUGAGAUCAACACUCUGGAACAUGUACAGGUAACAGUGAGCAUCAGCAGUGUUUGCCGUGGCGACCUGUCCAUUGAGAUGACGUCUCCGUCCAGCACGCGCUCCCUCCUGCUGGGCAGUCGCCAUGAGGAUGCCUCGGAGGCAGGCCUGGGGAACUGGACCCUGAUGAGCGUGCAGUUCUGGGGAGAGGCGGCCCAAGGAGUCUGGACCCUGAAGUGGCGGCGUACCCACCUCCCGCUGAACCACACCUGCCACCCACGCCACCCCCAGCUGGUACCCCGGCCCGCAGAACACCAUCCUUCAUCCGGGAGGCAUCAGGGCCAGGCCGGCCCAGAGCCAUGGGGAGAGGAGAGCUCGUUCUCUGGGGACGCUGCUCCCCCUUGCUGGGGAGAUGCAGCUGGAGCUCCCUGCCCCAGGCUCUGGAGCACCCACACGGUCGGGGACUGUGAUGCACAACAGGGCGACGGUAAUGGACAACAGGGCAGGGGUGAUGCAGUGAUGGACAACAGGGCAGGGGUGAUGGACAACAGAGGGGCGGUGAGGCAGUGUGGGCGGCGUGAGGAGAGUGAGGAGGCCGCUGGAGUGCUGAUGAGUGCUGGACUGAGACUCUUCGGCACCUAUGACCCACGACGCCCCCUACACCAAGGCCCCCUUCGCAGUUUCGUUUCCAUGGGAACUUCUCAGCCAAUCCCAGAAAACAUCCCGGACCUGCAGGACAGGUCUCUUCCCCAGGCCCUCAUCCAGCUUGCCUUUGAGCUGGAGAGCCAGAGGCGGGUCGUCGACGACGACAUCCCCGGCCCGCACAAACGGAAGGCCUUCAAAGCACAGUCCCAGGCCCAGGCCCAUCCACCGUCAUCAUCUCUGACCCAGCAUGUGGAAGGCACUGAUGGGUCAGCCAUUAGAUCUUACCAGGAGAUGAUGUGGAAGACCCUGAGCACUGCCAUCAAGCCCACCCAGCCCUCAAUGCAGCGUCUCCUCAGACAGAAGAGGAGGGUGCACACAAGUUCCUGAGGACAGAGUGACUGUGUGUCUGUCUAUGUGUGUGUGUGUGUGUGUGUGUGCGUGCGUGCGUGUGUGUGUGUAAAGAGAGGGUGAAAGUGAUAGGUGUGCAGCAGAGACCUCCAGAGAUGCCCCCCUCACCCCUCCAGGUCACUCUUGCCCAGCACGGGGAGAUAUUCCUCCCGACGCUGCCACUGAGCGCUGGAGGCCACUGCACCUGGGACACUUCAGCCAGGGGGCAGAACAGAUGGAUGCAGCCAGGGCAGUGAACACAGGACAGGAGCACUUGACUCCGGAAGCACUCCGCUACUCCUUGCUCUUUCAGAUAUCUCUCUCCUUCCCUCUUCUCUCUCUCCCACUCCCUCUCUUUUACUCCAUCCCUCUUUUUCUCUCUCUCUAUCAUUCUCUCCCCCCUCUCCACCCCUCCCUUACACAUUACUGAUGUAAGGAUAGUCUUUUAAAAUGUCUUUUUUUUCCUGAAGUGCCAAAAUAUUAUUUAAAACUAAAUUAUUAAAUGGGAAUGGAAUUCACUGACCCAGGAAGAUUAAUUUGUAUGCCUACAUUUGUGCUGGAGUGUUCAACAGUUCCCAAUACAGAUUGUCAUAUCAAAA